AUGAAGACCCAGCACCCACUCCCGGCCGCCGGAAAGCCGAUCUUCGCCUCAUUCCCCCUCAUCGGCCUCCUCUCCCACGCGUUCAUCUUCGUCUCCGGCCUAACUCUAGGCAUCGUCCUCUGCUUCCACUACAAGACCUUCUCCUUCAGCCUCCACGUCACCAACGGCCAGUUCUCAAUCUUCACAUCGCAGCCGCUCGGCGGCCACCAUCCGCCGCCUCCGCCGCGGACGCCGACGCCGGAGUCGAGCCGGACGGCGGCGGGAGGCGGCGAGGUGACGUGGACGGACUUUCUGGAGCCGCCGGGGGUGAUGCACGGGAUGACCGACCGGGAGCUGACGUGGCGGGCGUCGAUGGCGCCGAAGGCGGCGGGCUUCCGGCCGGGCCGGAGGGCCAAGGUGGCGUUCAUGUUCCUGACACGUGGGCCCGUGGUUCUGGCGCCCCUUUGGGAGAUGUUUUUCAAGGGGUACCGUGGGCUGUAUUCGGUGUACGUUCACUCGGAUCCAAAGUACAACGGGUCGGAGCCUGAAGGGUCCGUCUUUCACGGCAGGAGGAUUGAUAGUAAGGAAGUGAAAUGGGGGAACGUGAACAUGGUAGAGGCAGAGCGUCGGCUGCUGGCCCACGCUCUCCUCGACGUGUCAAACGAGAGGUUCGUCCUCUUGUCGGAGUCGUGCAUCCCUCUCCACAACUUCUCCACCAUCUACUCCUACCUCCUCGGCUCCAACCACACCUUCGUCGAGUCCUACGACCUCCCAGGCCCAGUGGGCCGCGGCCGCUACAGUCUCAACAUGGCCCCGACCCUCCGCCUCACCAACUGGCGCAAGGGCUCCCAGUGGUUCACGGUCGACCGCCACCUGGCACUCGAGGUCGUCUCCGACUCCACCUACUUCUCGGCCUUCAAAAGCUAUUGCAAGGGGUCGUGCUACGCGGACGAGCACUACCUUCCGACCCUCGUGGGCGGCGUGCUCCCUGGCGGUUUUGCGGCGAGGAACGCCAACCGAACGCUGACGUGGGUCGACUGGUCGAGGGGUGGUCCCCACCCAACUAAGUUCAUCCGCACUGGUGUGAAUCCUGGUUUCCUCGAGUGGUUGAGGGGGGGAGGGGGGAGGAGGUGCGUGUACAACGGGAGGGUCACGGGCCAGUGCUACCUAUUUGCGAGGAAGUUCACGGCCGACACAUUGUAUAGGCUGCUCAGGUUGCACCUCAAGUCAUGCAUUUCAACCGCGGCCCGGCGGAAAGUGGCCCACAAAUCACCGGUCGCCGCCGCCACAGGACUGCCGCCGCUACCAUCUCGACGAGCGCCGCCAGCCAUCCCCAUCAGCGCUCUCUCUCUCUCCGGUCCUCCCAGACACGCCGGAAUCAACACACCCAAACUACCGGCCACUUACAUUCACCUAAUCUCUCCCGUCGCCGCCCAAUCGGUCGCCGCCGCUAACAUCCCGUCGAGCGUCGUCGUCCAUCCCAGCACCGCCAUCAGUCACCCGCACCCGUCUCAAACUCGCUCAGCCUGCCCGUGGAUCGCCCCGAUUGUACUGAUGGCGAGGGCCACCGUUCCGGCGAAUUGCAGAGAAAUAGUUAAGGGAUUGAGACCUGAACGGGACGAGCUCGCCGGCGAUCUGAACGGGAGAUGGAAGCGGCGGCCGGAAAUUCUAUUGGGGCUGAGGAAUUGCAUCAUUUAUUUGGGUGAAUUUUGA